GCCUGGAGGAGGAGUGAGGAGGAGGAUGGAGCCAGCCAGGAGCCCCCCGGGACCCUCCGGCGCCUGAGGAGGACACGGCCCAAGCUCCUCUCCGGCUGAAAAAUGAUGGCUACCUUCAGUAAACUUAAUCUGGCUGUUAUCAUUAGCAGUUUUGCUAUAUUUCAAUUUGGCUUCCACUCGCUAAGUUCUUGGAUUUCUGCACGUCUAACCUCUGGUUUUAACAAUCUUGACCAAAAGAAGAAGAUUGAAUGGAAUUCAAGGACAGUUUCUUCGUUCCAUGCCUUGGUGGUUGGAGCAUUUUGCAUGUAUAUUUUAUUAUUCGAUGAAGCUGUUAAUGCUGACCAUGUUUGGGGUGAUGCUUCUAUAGUGCAACUAAACCUUUCUAUUACUACAGGCUACCUCAUUUCAGAUUUGUUGCUUCUUAUAUUCAACUGGAAGGCAAUUGGGGACAUAUAUUUUAUAAUUCACCAUUUCGUAGCUCUGUAUGCUUACUAUUUUGUAUUGAGUAGGGGAUUGUUGGCAUAUUUUGCCAAUUUUCGUCUGCUUGCAGAAUUUUCUACCCCUUUUGUGAAUCAGCGGUGGUUCCUUGAAGUUCUGGGCUACGCCAAGGAUUCGAAAGCCAACAUUAUCAAUGGACUGCUAAUGACAAUCGCGUUCUUCCUGGCGAGAAUCAUAGUCAUGCCAAUUUAUUAUGCCAAUGUUUUUGCUGAGUUGGGAACAGAAGCUUUCCACAAAUUGGGAUUAGCAGCUCAAUGCGCCUGGUUUUCCUCCUGCAUUGUCUUGGAUGCCAUGAACUUAAUGUGGAUGGUCAAAAUUACCAAGGGCUGUUGCAAAGUUCUGCGUCUUAUUGGACAAAGAGACACCAAAGCUCUAAAGAAUGGCAGAUCUGACUAGAAGGCUUCAUUAUCUGUAUCUAUUUAUAUAUCACAGCACCUUUGGAUUCAUUGAGAGAACAAUGGGCAUUUUUGCCGUGAAAACCUCCUCUUAAGGACAUAAGGUAUUACCUCUUUUGAAUUUAGCCUUCUCCUUGACCCCACUGCCUGGACAUCCAGGGCCACUUCAUUUGAAGACUUGCAUUAUGUGGAAUGGGAAAGAACAACAUGCUGCAUACGCUGAUCUCAACAGUGUAUUCUAAGCACUUAAUAGAAAAAUGAACCUGUGAAGGAACAAACUCUUCUCGCAAACUGUUCCUAGGGAUUUUCACUCAGGUUUCUUAGACUGACGUCUUUUUAAAGCCUGUGAAUGUCAGGAUCUUUGGUUUACGUUCUGCUAAUACAGCAACUUUCCUGGCAUGUUCCUCCGCUUUAUUAAUGUUUGGUAUUCAUAACUGAGGCGUCAUCUUUUGUCACCUUUUUUACAUUUUUGCAAGUAUUUUGCUUUUAAUCUAUAAUCUUUUACUGCAUUUUCUGCUGCCUUAUGUGCAUGCACAUGGCCUAUUAGGAUUUACAUAAACAUGUACAUUUUACAUUAAUAUGUAGACUUUGGGAUUUCUUUUCUUUUUUUAAAACCAGUUACUUCUACUGACUCUUGCUAUACAUAAAGGAUAACUGGAGUUGUUUUCAGCUCCCUGUGCCCCCCAGUAUCUGAAUUCUACCAUAUGUUGGCAUAGUAAACAAACAGUAUAGAAAUUAGCAGUUUCUUGUAUCAGUGUUUAUUGGGACCUUAUGUGUUUUGUGGAGUGUAAAUUGCUGAAGGAGAGAGGACAUUCAUCUGUUUGGAAUAUGUGGAUUGUCACAAAAGCCACUAAGUUUAAGAAAUGUUUAUUUCCAUUGCCAUUCUCCUCUCUCUCCCUUGUAUAAAGCAAGUUGGGGGGAAAUAACAGAUUGCCACAUCAAAUUGAAAAAUCCUUAAUAAAAUCAUAGGUGCAAUAGA